UGGGGUAGAGUUUUGAGAGGGACGACCACAGGCUAAGUUUAGAGGGCUGAGAGCUUGGGGGCCCUCGCUGAGGACCCACAUGUCCCCCUUUAUAUCCUAUUACAGACCAUGGUGGCUUUGUCAAUGGUCCUUGUUUUCCUGCUGGCCCUGAGCAGAGGUGAAAGUGAACUGGACGUCAAGAUCUCAUCCCCACAGGAGACCACCGAAUGGGGGGAUCCUGGGCUGUCCCUACCAGGGUCCUGCCAGCCAGCUCCCUCCUGUCAAAAGUGCAUCCUCUCACACCCGAGCUGUGCGUGGUGCAAGCAACUGAACUUCACGGCGUCCGGGGAGGCGGAGGUGCGGCGCUGUGCCCUUCGAGAGGAGCUGCUGGCCCGGGGCUGCCCCCCGGAGGAGCUGGAGGAGCCCCGCGGCCGGCAGGAGGUGCUGCAGGACGAGCCGCUCAGCCAGGGCACCCGCGGCGAGGGGGCCACCCAGCUGGCACCACAGCGGGUCCGGGUCACGCUGCGGCCAGGAGAGCCCCAGCAGCUCCGGGUCCGCUUCCUUCGAGCCGAGGGAUACCCUGUGGACCUGUACUACCUUAUGGACCUGAGCUACUCCAUGAAGGACGACCUGGAGCGCGUGCGCCAGCUUGGGCACGCGCUGCUGGUGAGGUUGCAGGAAGUCACCCACUCCGUGCGCAUUGGCUUUGGUUCCUUCGUGGACAAAAUGGUGCUGCCCUUCGUGAGCACAGUGCCCUCCAAGCUUCGCCACCCCUGCCCCACCCGACUGGAGCGCUGCCAGCCGCCCUUUAGCUUUCACCAUGUGCUACCCCUCACCCGGGAUGCUAAGGCCUUCGAACGGGAGGUGGGACGCCAGAGCGUGUCCGGCAACCUGGACUCGCCUGAAGGUGGCUUUGAUGCCAUUCUGCAGGCUGCCCUCUGCCAGGAGCAGAUUGGCUGGAGAAAUGUGUCCCGGCUACUGGUGUUCACUUCAGAUGACACAUUCCACACAGCUGGGGAUGGCAAGUUAGGUGGCAUUUUCAUGCCCAGCGACGGGCACUGCCACUUGGACAGCAAUGGCCUCUACAGUCGCAGCCCAGAGUUUGACUACCCCUCCGUGGGUCAGGUAGCCCAGGCCCUCUCUGCGGCAAACAUCCAGCCCAUCUUUGCUGUCACCGGUGCCACACUGCCUGUCUACCAGGAGCUGAGUAAGCUGAUUCCCAAGUCCGCAGUGGGGGAGCUGAGUGAGGACUCCAGCAAUGUGGUACAGCUCAUCAUGGAUGCUUAUAAUAGCCUAUCAUCCACUGUGACCCUUGAACAUGAACGCUCUCUACUCCCUCCUGGGGUCCACAUCUCUUACGAUUCUCAGUGUGGGAGUCCUGAGAAGAGACAGGAUGAGGCUGGUGACAGGGGCCAAUGCAACCACGUCCGAAUCAACCAGACAGUGAAUUUUUUGGUUACUCUCCAAGCUACCCACUGCCUCCCAGAGCCCCAUCUGCUGAGGUUCCGAGCCCGCGGCUUCUCAGAAGAGCUGACUGUGGAGUUGCAUACACUGUGUGACUGUAACUGCAGUGACACCCAGCUCCAGGCUCCUCACUGCAGUGACGGCAAGGGGCACCUACAAUGCGGGGUGUGCAGCUGUGUCCCUGGCCACCUGGGUCGACUCUGUGAGUGCUCUGAGGCUGAGCUGUCCUCCUUGGAUCUGGAAUCUGGGUGCCGAGCCCCCAAUGGCACAGGGCCCCUGUGCAGUGGGAGGGGACGGUGCCAGUGUGGACGCUGCACCUGCAGUGGACAGAGCUCUGGACGUCUGUGCGAAUGUGAUGAUGCCAGCUGUGAGCGACAUGAGGGAAUCCUCUGUGGAGGCUUUGGCCGCUGCCAAUGUGGAGUGUGUCACUGUCACGCCAAUCGCACGGGCAGAGCAUGCGAAUGCAGCGGGGACACAGACAACUGUGUCAGUCCCGAGGGAGGGCUGUGCAACGGGCAUGGAUACUGCAACUGCAACCGCUGCCAGUGCUUGGAUGGCUAUUACGGUGCCCUAUGUGAUCAGUGCUCAGGCUGCAAGACGCCAUGCGAGAGACACAGGGACUGCGCGGAGUGUGGCGCCUUUGGGACUGGUCCUCUGGCCGUGAAUUGCAGCCUGGCGUGUGCCCAUGCCAACGUGACUCUGGCUUUGGCCCCUAUCCUGGAUGAUGGCUGGUGCAAAGAGAGGACCCACGACAACCAGCUCUUCUUCUUCCUGGCAGAGGAUGAAGCCGGAGGCAGGGUCAUGCUGAGAGUGAGACCCCCAGAAAAGGGGUCAGACCACACCCAAAUCAUCGUGCUGGGCUGUGUGGGGGGCAUCGUGGUCGUGGGACUGGGACUGGUCCUGGCUUAUCGGCUCUCAGUGGAAAUCUACGACCGCCGAGAAUACAGCCGUUUUGAAAAGGAGCAGCAGCAGCUCCACUGGAAGCAGGACAACAAUCCUCUCUACAAGAGCGCCAUCACGACUACUGUCAACCCCCGCUUUCAAGAGGCAGAAGGCGCCCCUCUCUGA